AUGCUCUUCCUUACCCCCAAAAUCUCUCUGCCAAUACCCCACCCCCCACAAAUGUCUAACAAGGGCAACUACGUUGCUUCGCUCUCACAAUUUACCAGGUGGCUCGCCGGCGUGGCCGAGAACAAAUACGGCGUCGAGAUAUAUCCCGGCUUCGCAGGCACGCAGCUACUUCUCAGCGACGAACCCGAUUCCACCAAUCCAUGGGGCAACAAAUUUCGUAGCGUGCAGGGCGUGAUCACCAACGAAGUUGGCUUGACGAAGAACUAUCGCAUGAAAUCUUCGUUUGAGCCUGGGAUGGCGUUCCGUGCAAAGGUAACUCUUCUUGCCGAAGGUGCUCACGGAAGUCUGUCGAAGCAAGCUAUUAUCUUGCACAAUCCUCGCAAGGAGGCAGAGCCCCAGACGUAUGGAAUCGGUCUGAAGGAGGUUUGGCGUGUCGAUCCGGAGAAACAUAAACCCGGAGAGGUCGUGCACAUGCUCGAAUGGCCUCUAGACAAAGACACUUACGGCGGUGGAUGGGUGUACCACAUGGAUGGAGGGCUCGUCAGUCUGGGGCUAGUAAUUGGGCUGGAUUACAAAAAUCCAUGGCUGAGCCCGGAUUGUGAAUUCCAGCGCAUGAAACACCACCCAUACUUCCGCGCUCUCCUCACAUUCCCCAAAGCCGAACGCCUCUCUUACGCUGCGCGCGUGUUGAACGAAGGAGGCUUGCAGUCCGUGCCCAAGCUAAACUUCCCUGGUGGUGCUCUCGUCGGCUUCUCCGCUGGAUUCGUCAACAUUGCAAAGAUUAAAGGAACCCAUAACGCGAUGAAGAGCGGCAUUCUUGCCGCCAAAGCUGCUUGGAACGCUGUGCACCCUAGUGAAGCGGAAUCGUCAGAUGGCACUGUUGCAGCCGCUGCUGACAUGUCAUCGUCAUGGGUGCAGAAGGAUCUGCAUGAAGUGCGCAACUUGCGGCCAUCGUUCGGAACGCGUUUGUGGCUAUGGGGUGGAAUUAUCUAUUCGGGAAUCGAUUCGUUAAUCUUAAAGGGACGGGUACUCUGGACAUUCAAGCACCACGGACCGAAAGGCAAAACAAAGAACCCUGACUCGACAUCAUCGCUAGAUUCUUCUUUAACCGAGCCCGCUGGAAACCAUAUGCCCAUUGAAUACCCACCCUUUGAGGCGCCCUGGCUCCGAAUCACCUUUAAGACCAAUUUGGUCUGCGUCAUGUCGGAUAUCCUCACAUCUCUAUCCAGCAUCGCAUCUGAACUGGACAGCGAGCUGACAGUCAUUGCAGUCUUUCAUGGCAAGUCAACACACCUUUUGUUGAGGACCACAAACUGA